GUGUGGAAGGCAGUAGGUUCACAUGGUGUGCACCGAGCCCGUGGUGUAUUUUCAGGUGGUUAUGUUGAACUACACUAAUGUUUCAAUAUACGCGCCCGUUGCGGCUUGGGUUCUUGUGGCGCGGCCCUCGGAAGACUAAUACCGUGUUUCGGCGGAGUUGCGGAUCUCUUCAAGAGUAAGGCCGAGACUGACGCGCUCGGCUGGACGCGCUCGGUUCGGGCCCGGCCAUCCAGGCUGUUCACGGAAUGGACGGGCCGGCAGCUGGCGAGGCAGCAUCUGGAGGCAGAGACACGCCUCCCGCGGCGUCCGACCCGCCGCCGGCCCCCAGCAGCCCUUCCCGGCGCGAGUCGCCGGAGCCCGCCCGCCAGCGGCCGGCGGAGCUCACCGAUGCCGCCGUGGAGAUGGAGGUGGACGGCGGGGAGGCCGAAGGGAAUGCCCCAGACCAGGCGUCGCCUGUCGAGCCGCCCCGCAGUCCGUCGGAUGGCGGCGGGGCGGAGGCCGACGGCCAGUGCCCGGCGCCGGACGUGGCCGACGCCGGCGAGCCGGGGUCGGACAUGGCCGCCGCGCCGCCGUCGAACGGAGACGCCACGCCGGUAACGGGUGGUGAGAUUGCGGCCGACGGCAAGGACGUCAAGGGCGGCCAAGGCAUCGCGCUGGUAACGCUGGACUCGUCCGAUUCGGACGAGUCGGCCGUGACGUCCAAGAGGCUGGCAGCGGCCGCGCCGCGCGGCACGACGCGCGACGUGGCCGCGCCCCAGGCGGCCCGCAUCCCGCGCUGCUGCUUGAACCCCGACUGCAAGAGCCGCGAGGCUCUGGUGCCGGCCGUGUCCUCCGACCUGGUGUACUUCACCAUGGUGCACGGCGACGGCGACCGGAUCCCCAGCCUCGUGCGCACGGACGGCAGGCGCGCCAAGGUCUGCUCUGUCUGCCGCCAGCUGGUGGAGAAGUAUAACCAGGGGGCUGUCCGCCGCAAGGAGGACGAGGUGUGCCUCGACUCGGACGGCGAGGACGAGAAGGAGGACGACCAGGCCGACGACGAUGGCUCUGGCAGCUUGUGUUCGGACGACUCCAUGAUCGAGGUCGACUGUGACAUCGAGGAGAGGAUACAGGCGGCCAUGGCGGCCAUCAAGUUCGACGAUCAGCUGGACAAGUGCAUCCAGUGGGUGCGGGACAAGCAGUCGACCAUAGACGACUCGUUCAGCAAGACGGAGCGCGAGCUGGCCAAGCUGGACAAGGACGUGCACUACCUGUACGAGGACCUGUACAAGGAGCGGCCGCCGACCAGAAAGCUGCCGCCGGUCGACAUAUUCCACACGGAGGUGCAGCGCACCAUCCACUAUCCGGACGGACGCGUGUACGACCUGGACCCGGCCUACACGGCUCGCCAGCUGCCAAUCAUGAUCAGUGACGUGGUGCAGGUGGGGCGCACCAGUCUGCCGGUUGACCUGCCGCCGCUGGGCACUAUACAGCGGCCCCUCGUCAAGCCCGGACAGCACGUGUUCGCCAUGCAUAGUGACACACUGUCGCCAUGGUUCAAGGCGAAGGUCAAGGACGUCAUGGUCAAGCAGAGCGGAAUGCAGCUCCGCGUCAAGUUCGACUCGCCGCGCGUGACCUCCAACAAGAACCGCGUGGUGGAGGGCUCAGAGGUAGCGUACGUCAGCCAGUCGACAGUGCGGCUGCACGUGGGCGUGCGGGUGGUGGCCGCCUUCCGCGACCAUCAGCAACAGACGCCCACAUUCUACUCGGGCACGAUCGCCGAGGCGCCCAAGACCAUGAAUGGCUACAGGUACCUGAUCUUCUUCGACGACGGGUACGCGGCGUACGUGCAGCACCGGGAGCUGAAGCUCAUCUGCCAGCCCUCCAAGGUGGUGGCCGACGACGUGCACCCGGACUGUCGCGAGUUCGUCGCCAAGUACCUGGCCCAGUUCCCCGAGCGGCCCAUGGUCAAGCUGCAGAAGGGCCAGGUGGUGAAGACCGAGUGGGGCGGCAAGUGGUUGCCGGCGCGCGUGGCCGAGGUGGACGCCUCGCUGGUCAAGAUGGCGUUCGAGUCGGAGCGCCGCUCCGAGUGGAUCUACCGCGGCUCGACGCGGCUGGCGCCCAUGUACGCCGAGCUGGUGUCGCACCAGCCGCGCAAGCUCGGCACCGGUGCGCGCAGGAACAUCCUGAACGCCGUCAACGUCGGCAAGAAAAAUCGCGUAUACGUCGAGUACACUCGACACUCUGAGCAAGAAGAAGAGUCGGCCGAGGAGACGGCGGCGGCGGCGCCGCCGCCGCCGCCCACCGACCGAUUUAUCUCGCCCAUUUCACCCAUGGAGGGCGACGGCCAGAUCACAGAGAUCAGCAGCAAGCCUCGCGUCACGCCGCGGCGCCUGCAGCCGCACGCCUGCGGCCGAGCCUGCAUCCGCAACUUCAGCGUCGACAUGGCCCGGCUCAAGGGCGUCAACCCGCUGCUGAUGCCCAUGAUGAGCGGCUGGAUACGCGAGAUCGUGCGCCACCGGACCAGCAAGCGGACCGUGCUGUACCGGGCGCCGUGCGGCCGCCGCCUCCGCUCGCUCGACGAGGUGUUCACCUAUCUGCGCCGCACCGACUGCAAGCUGGAGAUCGACUGCUUCUGCUUCGACUUCUGGGUCCACUGCUUCACCGAGUUCGAGCCGGCCAGGAAGUUCUGCAGCAUUAAGGACAUAUCCUACGGGAAGGAGAACGUGGCGGUGUCGUGCGUGAACUCGCUGAACCGCGACUACCCCGACUACGUGGAGUACAGCACGCGGCGGCUGCCUACCAGUGGCGUGCAGCUCAACCUGGACUCCAACUUCCUGACCUGCUGCGACUGCACUGACGACUGCCAGGACAAGCAGAAGUGCUCCUGCUGGCAGUCCACCAUCCAGGGCACGGCGUUUGGGCCCACCGGCCAGGUGGACGAGACGGCCGGCUACCACUACCGCCGCCUCAUCAACGGCAACGUCAUCACCGGCAUCUACGAGUGCAACGACAGGUGUAAGUGCCGCUCCAGCUGCCUGAACCGGGUGUGCCAGCAUCCGCUGCGGCUGCGCCUGCAGGUGUUCAAGACACUGCGCCGCGGCUGGGGCAUCCGCUGCUUGGACGACAUCCCCAAGGGCGGCUUCAUCUGCGUGUACGCCGGGCAGCUGCUCACAGAGUCCGGUGCCAACGAGGACGGCAAGAACUAUGGCGACGAGUACCUGGCCGAGCUGGACUACAUCGAGGUGCUAGAGCGGCUCAAGGAGGGCUACGAGUCGGACGUGGUCGACGACGAGCAGAGCAGUAGCGACGAGAAACAGGACGACGACAAAUCAGACGACGACGGCUCGCCUGAGGCCGAGGACGACGACUCCUCCUCCGGGCCGCAGUCGUCCGAGUCGACGCGUCGGCGCGGCGCCGCGCGACGACGACUUUGUGCCGCGCAAGGAGAUCGGUGGCACGGCGACCAGGACCUGCGCCGCUCCAACAGGUCACGGCAAGCCAAAUCAAAGGAAGUGGAAGAGCAAGAAACGAAGAAAAAGAAAACUACCGUCUCCAAGAGCGUGGAAGCAAAGAAAACUGCGCCACCAGAUACUACAGCAAAGUCCGACAAUAAGAAAGCAGAGACAGAGGCGGACCGGGCGGGCGGACCGGGCGCCGGCCGUCUCUCACUGCCCGACGAUGACUACAAGUCAGUACGGGAGCAGUUCGGCGCCGACGAGUACUGCUACAUCAUGGACGCCAAGACCAUUGGCAACCUGGGCCGUUACCUAAACCACAGCUGCUCGCCGAACGUGUUCGUGCAGAACGUGUUCGUGGACACGCACGACCUGCGCUUCCCAUGGGUGGCGUUCUUCGCGCUGUCCUACAUCCGCGCCGGCACAGAGCUUACCUGGGACUACAACUACGAGGUUGGCUCGGUGCCCGGCGAAGGUGAUGUACCCCACUGCGGCAGUCAGGAGUGUCGCGGCCGCCUGCUGUAG